AUGCCCCCCGAUGCAGCGGCCUUAUCAUCUCCACCGGACAUACCACCGUGGAAGGACAGGCGUCCUUACUCGGUGGGGGGCGACAUGCAUUCCACCGACCCGGUCACCAGACUGGGCUCUUUUCAGAAUGACUCCCUAGCAACACGACCACGAUACCCGAAUAUUAAGGACCUGCAGGACCAGGCCGCUUUGUUGGAUGUAAACGAGUCUACCUCGCUCGACACUCUCCUCAGUACAGCCUCCGAGGCAAUCGGGCAAGCCAGAAAUCUUGCAGAUGACGACAAAUCUGACAAGGCUUAUGUGCAAUACCUUCGCGCUUCGGAGAUUACCAUCAACGUCAUUCCCCACCACCCGAACUACAAGACGACGAUCACCCAAAGCCGAGGAUGGUACAAAGAGUUUGCGGAGUUAAUGAUGGCCGUACGAACUAAACAAGGAACAAUGGAUGCAAUCAAGCAGGAAAUCAUUGAAGAUAAUCUUAGGAGCAACAUACAACCCAUGGGACUAUAUUCAUCAGCAUCCUCCGGACAAAAGCAAAGUUCUAUCACCCCCCAGGGUCGUGAAAACCGCGAGUCGGCAACCAACACGAUGAGAAUGCCGAGCCCGACACAAUUCCAACGAACGCCGGAUCUCCAGAGCAACCCAAAAAGAUUUUCUAGUCCUGUUGACGACGUGCUGGCGCAACGCUUUGCAAGGCUUCAAAUGCGUGGAAACGAGCAGGGUGCAAGCAUGCACUCUCCUUCAAGACCUGCAGGCCAGGUUUCCACAUACACCUCCAACACUCCGCCAAGCGCUCAUGGAUCCGCUUAUGCAUCCCCACCCAGGCGACCAUUAGGACCUCGCACUAUGGGGUCACCAUCCGUGAUUCCCAAUCAUCCUCCCAAGAUCCCUCUCACAACCUCUCUCCCACGUGCUCCUGAUCCUGCGUAUAGUCCGAUAUACACUGUACCUUCCCAGGUCCCGCCGAACCCACCAAGAACCUCGUCCGAAAGUGUGCGAUCGAUCACCCAAAGAUACUCUCACUUGCCCACCUCCCCACGCGGUAGCCCAAGCCGGGGUCCUCCUGAUAACCCCUACCGGUCACUGACUCCCAAUGGUGUCAACUCUGCGCGAGAAACCCGGAGUAAUUCACCCGAUUUACCCACCAACUCUGCGAUCUCAGCCCAUGACCUUCUUGAUUAUUUAAGGAAAUUCAAUGUACUUGUGGUCGAUGUCCGCCCCCGAGAUCAAUAUGAUAAUGGUCACAUUUAUGCAAAAUCCAUCAUUUGCAUCGAGCCGGUAGCCUUGAAGGAGAAUGUGUCUGCAGAGGAGCUUGAGGAGCGACUUGUUGUGUCUCCAGAGCAUGAGCAAUCAUUGUUCGAGCGACGCAAUGAAUUUGAUCUUGUUGUCUAUCAUGACCAAAGUACAUCUUCGGUCAGCUAUCUUGCAGGUUCGCCUGUCGGAACAUCAGCGCCCCAUUUGAGAGCUCUUCACGAUACCCUUUAUGAAUUCAAUGCCUAUAAACCGCUGAAGGGUGGCCGCCCUCCUGCUCUUCUGCUUGGUGGCUUAGAUGCGUGGAUCGAUCUCCUUGGGCAACAGUCCCUCGCAACAUCUUCCACUGCUGCUGUCAUUGGUACACUGCAAGCCAGGAAGCCUGUGCCAAAGCCCGGUCGCCCAUUGGGUCGAGUGCCGACUAUGGCUAGUGCUAAUUCAAGCUUGGAAGUUCGCAAGAGGAGACUUCGGGAGUUCACGCCUCUGAAUUCGGAGGAAUUGACGGCGUGGUUGGAAAGAUCUAAGAACGAAGAAAUCGACACGAGCACUUACCUUGAAGAUGAACAGUCCACUGAAGAGCCCCAUGAAGAAUUGGAGGAGCCCUCAACCCCGCUUGUUCAUAAUUACGAGGAUUUCUUGCGCCGCUUCCCCGAACCACAUGCUCAACAGUCCAUGAUGCACGCGGAGUCUCGGCCAGCUGUCAUGCCUGUCCCUAACUAUGCGUCUUCGGGUCCCGUCCACGUGGCUCCAUCACGACCCCCUCCUGCAGUCCCCCGACCCAGCUAUAGUGGGGUCUCUGAUGGACGACAAGCUCAACCCCAUAUGGAACGGCAGAACUCAGCCGCUCGGACGGCAUUAUACACCCCUAGCUCGAUUUUGAGUCGCCUCAAACUUCCUCGAACAGGGCUUACCAAUUUUGGUGUCACCUGCUACAUGAACUCGACGAUCCAGUGUCUCAGUGCAACGGUGAUGAUGAGUAAAUUUUUCAUCGAUGAUCGAUUCCGCCAUUAUGUACAAAAGAACUGGAAAGGGUCUCAGGGCGUGAUGCCGGGGCUUUAUGCCAACCUUAUCCGAUCGUUAUGGAAGAAUGACGUGGAAGUGAUCAUGCCAACUUCCUUCCGCAACUUCUGCGGUCGGUUGAACCGGGAAUGGGUCAUAGAUCGACAGCAGGAUGCCAAGGAAUUUUUCGAUUUCCUAGUGGACUGCCUUCACGAAGAUCUCAAUAUCAACUGGCAACGCAAUCAGCUGCGACCCUUGACCCCUUCUGAGGAAAUGCAGCGAGAACGGAUGCCGGUCCCCAAGGUUUCCCGGAUUGAAUGGGACCGAUAUUGCCAUCGCGAGGAAUCGUUCAUCUCGUCGCUCUUUGCGGGGCAACAUGCCAGUCGGCUUCGCUGUACGACCUGCCACCAGACCUCGACGACCUACGAAGCCUUUUACAGCAUCAGUGUAGAGAUCCCCACGACCGGCACGGGUGACAUCUAUCAAUGUCUCCGUAGCUACUGUAAAGAAGAAAUGCUUAGUGGGGAUGAAGUUUGGAAGUGUCCGCACUGCAAGUGUAAGCGCAUGGCCACCAAACAGAUCAUUAUCACGCGUGCGCCGCAGAUUUUGGUGGUUCAUUUCAAGCGCUUCUCCGCAUCCAAGACGCAGAGCGCACGAAAGAUUCAUACUCCGAUCGAGUUCCCUCUGUACGGGCUACGAAUGGAUGAUUUUGUAGUCUCCUACCCGACCCCUACACCGGGGUUGGACACUUCUGCACUGAUCCCAGGAGCAACUGUUCCCCCUUUCAAUUAUGACGCCUUUGCCGUGCUACGUCAUAUCGGAUCCUCCAUGGGUAGUGGGCACUACAUUUCGCUUGUCCGGGAUGCCGAACGUCAGUCCUGGCGACGAUUCGACGACGAGCGAGCAAAUGACUUCAACCCACGCGACCUACGAGGUCGUGAUCGAUUACAGAAUGAGCAAGCAUACAUAGUGUUUUAUGAGCGAGUCCCAGCGAAAUGA